UUCAGCUUCAUCAACCUUUACAUGCAGCGGGGCAUAUUUUGAACCCCGAAUCUUUUAUACAAAUAACGAGAACAAGACUUUAGAUAAAGCAGUGUGGAAGGGGCAUCAUGCAUGUGUUGCGAGGUUGGUGCCAGAUGAAGCGAUGCAAGACAAAAUAGGGGAAGAACUUGGGUGUGUAUAUGCAAGCCGAUGGAAUACUUGGAUUAGCUUCGGCCAUUAGAGCCAGAACCAAAUUGGCACCAGUUGAAUGGUGGAUGCAAUUUGGUUAUGAAGUUCCAAACUUGCAACAAUUUGCUAUUAGAGUUCAAAGCUUAACUUGUAGCUCAUCCGGAUGCGAGAGAAAUUGGAGUGUUUAUGAACAUAUUCAUACUAAGAAGAGGAAUAGGCUUGAGCUAAAGAAACUCAAUGAUCUCGUGUUCGUUAAAUAUAAUAGAACAUUGGCUUGUCGUUACAAAGCUCGCAAUAUCAUUGAUCCAAUUUUAUUGGAUAACAUUGAUGAAGCAAAUGAAUGGUUAACCGGAGCCCCCCCAAAAUCAUGAAGAUGAAGAAGUAUAUGAAGGAGAAGGCCUUACUUUUGGUCAUGUUGCUAUGGCAAGUGGAGUUGAGGAGAAUGUUUAUGGUUUUAGGGGAAGUACUUUAAGGAGCAAAGAAAGAGUUUCUACAAGUUCAAGUAGAACCCUAAUUGAUGAAGCCUCCGAUGAAGAAGAAGAUGACCACCAAUAUAAUAACUCGAACAUGAUGACACUUCAAGAGUUUGGAGAUCUUGUUGAAGAAUAGGAUGUUGCCCCUUUUUUCGGGCAUCUUUGUUGUCCUAAAAAUGACAUUAAAUAACCCAGUGAGCCACUCCAAACCCGCCCUACCCACGCUCUUCCAAAAUUCCACGGGAUCUCGUCAGGGCCGUCGCUCUCCCCCUGCUCAUCUUACACAUAGCCCUCUCAACCUCCUCAGCGCUUAUACUCCUACAAUACCCAAAGUCCCGACGACACUCAGAGUGUUCUAAGUUGCCUAG